AAUGGACAACUGUAUAUAUUCUAAAAACACAUUUGUUGUAUAAUACAAUGCAACAUGUAUUUAUUAAUAUAUAUUUCUUUCUUUUUAAUAAUAGAUAAGGUGUACUGUUAUUAAUCCCCGUGGGGAAACAACUUUUAUGAAACCAUAUCCCCCCAGGAUAAAUAAAGAAUUUGGAUUGUGAUUAAUUAUAAUACUUAACUAUAAUACAUGUCAAAUAAUUAUAUAUUUGAAAUGUUAUUUUACACAAACUGAAAGUGCUUCGCUGUUGCAAAUUCCCCUGUAAGGGGUAAAGUAAAGCAGCUUGUCAGGUGGAAUUAUUAUGUAAAUGUUUUAAAGUAGAAUUAAAAACUACAGUAUACAUAUAUUUUCAUAAAACCGGCUUCAAACCAGCAAAUCAUAUUUAUUAAUAUGAUUAAAAUGCCCCAAAAGUCCUGAGUGAUUAGACUAUAUUACAUUAAAUCAGAUUCUACUUCAUUCUCACCGCACAGCGCGAGUGUGUGGGCGGGACCUCUGCAUAAGGGGCGGGGUCAGUAACUAGGGGGCGUGGUCAGUGUCCCCUCGCUGCUCCUCCUGCAGCCACUCAGUGAGGCUCUCUCGGACUGAUGGCCUCUCUGAUGGCCGCCUGGUCCGUCCACAACCCCACCGUCACCAACUCCAUCAUCAUGAACACCAACGGUCCCCCUGACCUCAUGUUGGACCCCCGGGCGGUGUGUGUCUGUAUGGAUGGGGGGGCUGAGCGGCAGCCGACGCAGAAGAAGAAACCGGAACUGACGGAGGCGCAGAGGUUCUCCUCGUUACCACGGAGACCGGCUGUCAACAUCGAGUUCAGGGACGUUUCGUACUGCGUCAGGGAGGGGCCCUGGUGGAGGAGGAAAGGUUACAAGACGCUGCUCAGAGAGAUUUCUGGGAAAUUCACCAGCGGGGACCUGGUUGCCAUCAUGGGGCCCUCAGGGGCCGGGAAGUCCACCCUCAUGAACAUCCUGGCCGGUUACAGACAGACGGGGAUGAAGGGGGAGAUCCUGAUCAACAAUCUGCCCAGAGACCUGAGAUCCUUCCGGAAGGUUUCCUGUUACAUAAUGCAGGACGACAUGCUGCUGCCGCACCUCAGCGUGCAGGAGGCCAUGAUGGUCUCUGCUAACCUGAAGCUGCAGGAGAAGAAGGAGGCUCGCAGAGACAUGGUGAAGGACAUCCUGAUGGCUCUGGGUCUUCUGGACUGCGCUCUCACCCGGACGUCUCACCUGUCGGGGGGGCAGAGGAAGAGGCUGGCCAUCGCUCUAGAGCUCGUCAACAAUCCCCCGGUCAUGUUCUUCGACGAGCCCACCAGUGGUCUGGACAGCUCGUCCUGUUUCCAGGUCCUCUCCCUGCUGAAGGCUCUCGCUCGGGGGGGAAGGACCGUCGUCUGCACCAUCCACCAACCCAGCGCCAAACUGUUCGAACUAUUCGACAAGCUGUACGUGCUGAGUCAGGGUCAGUGUAUCUACAGGGGGAAGGUCUCCAGUCUGGUUCCCUACCUGAGGGAGCUCGGACUGAACUGCCCCACCUACCACAACCCUGCAGACUUCGUGAUGGAGGUGGCGUCCGGAGAGCACGGGGAUCAGAUGGUGCGCCUGGUGACAGCCGUGCAGGACAGGAAGUGGGAGAAGGACGAUCACACAGAGCUGAAUGGAGACACUAACCUCCACCCGCUCCUGUGGCAGCGCACCGAGGAGGAGAGUUCUUCGUCUGAAGGUUGUCACAGCUUCUCAGCCAGCUGCAUGACUCAGUUCUCCAUCCUCUUCAGAAGAACCUUCCUCAGCAUCCUCCGAGACUCGGUGCUGACUCACCUGAGGAUCUCCUCUCACAUCGGGAUCGGCGUUCUGAUUGGCCUGCUGUACCUGGGCAUUGGGAACGAGGCGAAGAAGGUCCUUAGUAACUCGGGCUUCCUCUUCUUCUCCAUGCUCUUCCUCAUGUUCGCUGCUCUGAUGCCCACCGUGCUCACAUUUCCUCUGGAGAUGGGAGUGUUUCUGAGGGAACACCUGAACUACUGGUACAGCCUGAAGGCGUAUUACCUGGCCAAGACCAUGGCGGACGUCCCCUUCCAGGUGGUCUUCCCGGUGGUUUACUGCAGUAUCGUGUACUGGAUGACGGCGCAACCUCCGGACGCCGGACGCUUCUUCCUCUUCCUGUCUCUCGGGGUCCUCACCUCGCUGGUGGCUCAGAGUCUUGGGCUGCUGAUCGGAGCCGCUUCCACCUCGCUGCAGGUGGCGACGUUUGUGGGUCCGGUCACGGCGAUCCCGGUUCUUCUGUUUUCGGGUUUCUUCGUCAGUUUCGACACCAUCCCCUGGUACCUGCAGUGGAUGUCCUACAUCUCCUACGUCAGGUACGGCUUCGAGGGCGUCAUCCUGUCCAUCUACAGUCUGGACCGCGAGGACUUGCACUGCGACGUCGCCGACACCUGCCACUUCCAGAAGUCCAACGCCAUCCUGAAGGAGCUGGACAUGCUGGACGCCAAGCUGUACCUGGACUUCAUCGUCCUCGCCAUCUUCUUCUUCUCGCUUAGGCUCAUCGCAUACUUCGUCCUGCGGUACAAGAUCAGCGCCGAGAGGUAGAGCCGGGAGGUGGAGGCGGGAGGUGGAGGCGGGAGGUGGAGGCGGGAGGUAGAGCCCAGCGUCCGGACGAAGCCAUUAGCGUUUCGUUAGAACACUAGGAAUAAUGUUUCUACUGAUACAUUUUCCAAAUCUGAUCUAUAGGGACAGGGAUUUCUGCAGGACAUGAGGGAAUGAAGAGGAGUUCUAUUUUCGUAAACACUUUAAAAAGUUCGCAUUUUGACAAGAACUUUGGAAAUGUGAGAAAACUAAAUUUGUCAUAAAUGCUGAGAGUUACGUCGACAUGUUGGGAUAUAAAAAUAUCAAAGGAAAUAGAAACUGAAAUCUCAAUAAGGCCGUUGAUAUGCCAAGUAUAAAGUCAUAUACAUUUAAAGAAUGAGUGCAAAGAUUGUGAGUAGUUGAACAUUUUAGAUUUUCUAUGGGGAAAUAUCCAGAUUGAAGUCAAAACUUAAAAUUCAAUUUAUGAAAAUAAUUCAAAAUUGGAAGAAAAAAUUGAACAUCUCAAAUCAUAAGAUUAUGCAAAAGAAAUGGAGAAAAAAAUUGGGAAACAAUUUUGAACAUUCAACAUUUUGAGUUUAAAGAUGUGAGAAUAAAGUUUGAUCGUUAUGAAUAAAUGAAACUACUAGUUUACAUCUAAAGCAAGAUAUGUUUCUGCAUACGACUUCUAAAGGGGUUGAAUGAGAGUUUUGCGAAACCGUUUCCUUAUAAAAAACAUCCUGAGAAACAUGUGGGGAAAAGUUUGCAGGGUAUUUUCUAAAGAUGCUUUUGAAGAUCGUAAACAUUUGAAAGAUUGUGAGGUUUUUAAAGAGUAAAGGUCAAAUGAAACCUUGUUCUGGUGAAAGGAAUUCCAGCAGAGGGCAGCACUGCCUCAGGUCCUUCCUCUCAAUGUAAAUAUAUGACAUUUAACUUCAUCGUUUUGAUGACUAAGUGUAACUUUAAUCAGUGCUUUUCACACCAAUCGAUUUCUUACACAUCUCACAUUUCAGAUUGCUUGAAUACAUGUUUACCUUAUCUUUCUAAAUGUCAUAUUUUGUUUGUAUUACCUUAUUGUUAACUGACUUCAAAUUCUGUUAUCAAUAAUAAUACUAAUACUAAUAAUAAUACUAAUACUAAUAAUAAUAAUAAUAAUA